UUUAAAGAAGCUGAAUUUAAUCUCAUUUUAUUAGUUGUGGCUACUACAAGGAGUAGGCAGCUUUUAUCCGACUCCUCUGGAGCUUUUGCAGACUGGGCGGCAACUCAAUCUUCUUCCUCCGCCAUCCGCGGCGUCGUCGCAGGUCCCGACGAGCUUUCACUCGGCUUUAAUGCCGGACCUGCUGCUGCUGCCGUUGCAGCAGCUGGGCCGUCUUGGUCUAACUCAGCGGCAGCUGGGAGAACGGUUAACUAUGGUAUUCCACCUGAAAUGGGGAUGUUCGUGGUGGCUCCGGCGGGUUCUUUUAACCACCACCACCACCAUCAGCAACAGCAUCACCAUCAGCAUGAUUCUUCUGGUUCGUUUAAUCUUGUUAGUGGUGUGCACGACUCGAUUAACAGUGGUAAUGCGGCUACUGCUCUUGGAGUUGGCGUUGGUGUAGGUGUUAUUCCGCUUCUUACGGCGGCUCCGUGUCUCCCGCCGCAAAACAUGGACGAUCAAGAUUUGCUGAAUAGUGGGCGGAGCAAGAUUAGUGGAAUCCAGUUCUGGCAGAAUCAAAAUCCAUAUAGUAAUAAUAAUAAUAAUAAUAUCAAGAAAAGUUCACUUCUUGAUCAUAACAAUUCCGUUAAUUUCUUUCAAACUGGUAUCAACAACAGCGGCGGAGGUGGUGGAGGUGGUGGCGGAGGUGGUGGGGGUAAUUCAGCUUCAUCUAGUACAACAACGUGCCAAGACUGUGGUAACCAAGCUAAAAAAGAUUGUACUCACAGAAGGUGUAGAACUUGCUGUAAAAACCGUGGAUAUGAUUGUAAUACUCACGUGAGGAGCACGUGGGUACCGGCGGCGAGGAGGAGAGAGCGGCAGUUGAUAACAACCGCCGCGGGUGGUGGUUCAUCUGGCUCAACUUCUGGUGUCAAGAAACCUAGACUCAUAAACUCACAACAAAAUACAGCCACUUCUCAUACUUCUACUUCAAAUACUACUCCACCAAGAAGCUUCGACACCGGCUCUAGCCAACAAGAUGUGAGUUAUAAGGAUUCAUUACCGGGUCAAGUACGUGCACCGGCGGUUUUCAAGUGUGUUAGAGUGACAGCAAUGGACGAUGGUGAAGAUGAGUAUGCAUAUCAAGCUGUGGUCAAAAUUGGUGGUCAUGUUUUCAAAGGGUUUCUUUAUGAUCAAGGAGUUGAAACAACAAGAGAUGGGUUUCCUAACCUAUCAGAAUUGCAUUUGGGUGGUGGUGCCACGGGCGGUGGCGGAGGAUCGUCGUCAUCGCCGAUUGUCGACCCAUCGGACGUUUAUGGUGCAUCUGGUGGAGGGUUUCUUGGAGGUUCCGCUUAUGGUAAUCAAAUAAAUUGAGGUUCAAGUUCAUGCAUUUUUUUUCAAGUCUCCUUACUUUGGCUAAUUAUUAUCAAUAGAAUAUUUGGUAAGUUAAUUUCUCUUCUAGAUCUGUAUGUUAAAAACUUUUAUGUGUUCCAAAUUUUCAGCUUCUUGAUUCCUCAUCGCUAUGAUUGCACUGAGAAGAUAAUCAAAUAUCAAAGAAGCUACAUUUUUAGAACAACAAAUAGAUAAUAAAAGCUGAAAAGAAAUUUUAAUUUCUUGUUA